UAACCCAGUCAAAGGAGGCAACUGGAGGCUUCCCAGUAAAUGGUGACCUUUAUCACCGUAUGAUAAGGCUGUAGAGAGAGAUCCAAGUCUUGAGUUGGAGCACCAGCACCACCACCAGCGCCAGCAACAGCACCAGCGGUGGGGAGCCUGGGCUGCUGUCAUGGAGACUGAGAGCGAGCAGAACACGGGUUCCACCAACGGGAGUUCCAGCUCCGGGGGCAGCUCUCGGCCCCAGAUAGCGCAGAUGUCCCUGUAUGAGCGGCAGGCGGUUCAGGCUCUGCAGGCUCUGCAGCGGCAGCCCAAUGCGGCUCAGUAUUUCCACCAGUUCAUGCUCCAGCAGCAGCUCAGCAAUGCCCAGCUGCACAGCCUCGCUGCAGUCCAGCAGGCCACGAUUGCUGCCAGUCGGCAGGCCAGCUCUCCGAACACCAGCACCGCGCAGCAGCAGGCGCCCACCACCCAGGCCUCAAUCAACCUGGCCACCACCUCCGCUGCCCAGCUCAUCAGCCGAUCCCAGAGCGUGAGCUCCCCCAGUGCCACCACCUUGACCCAGUCUGUGCUACUGGGGAACACUACCUCCCCACCCCUCAACCAGUCCCAGGCCCAGAUGUACCUGCGGCCACAGCUGGGAAACCUAUUGCAGGUGAACCGGACCCUGGGCCGGAAUGUGCCUCUGGCUUCCCAGCUGAUCCUGAUGCCCAACGGGGCGGUGGCCGCUGUCCAGCAGGAGGUGCCCUCGGCUCAGUCUCCCGGAGUUCACACGGAUGCAGAUCAGGUGCAGAACUUGGCAGUGAGGAACCAACAGGCCUCUGCUCAAGGGGCCCCAAUGCCAGGCUCCUCCCAGAAGGGCAUUCCUCCUGGAGCCUCUCCUGUCUCCGGCCUCCCGCAGGCCUCAAACCAGGCCCUUGCUGUGGCACAGGCUUCUUCGGGAGCCUCAGGCCAGUCCCUCAACCUCAGUCAGGCUGGUGGAAGCAGUGGGAGUAGCCUCGCAGGGUCCCUGGGUCCAGGUGGAGGUGGCCAGGCACCUGGGGGUUUGGGUCAGUUGCCUUCCUCAGGAAUGGGCGGGGCAGGCUGUCCCAGGAAGGGCACAGGAGUGGUCCCACCCCUGCCGGCAGCCCAGACAGUGACUGUGAGCCAGGGCAGCCAGACAGAGGUGGAAAGUGCAGCAGCCAAGAAGGCAGAUGCAGAUGGGAGUGGUCAGAAUGUGGGCAUGAACCUGACGCGGACGGCCACCCCUGCCCCCAGCCAGACUCUUAUUAGCUCAGCUACAUACACACAGAUCCAGCCCCAUUCACUGAUUCAGCAGCAGCAGCAGAUCCACCUCCAGCAGAAGCAGGUGGUGAUCCAGCAGCAGAUCGCCAUCCACCACCAGCAGCAGUUCCAGCACCGUCAGUCCCAGCUGCUGCACACAGCCACACACCUGCAGUUGGCCCAGCAGCAGCAGCAGCAGCAGCAGCAGCAACAGCAACAGCAGCAGCAGCAGCAGCAGCAGCAACAACAGCAGCAGCAGCAACAAGCCACAACCCUCACUGCCCCUCAACCACCACAGAUCCCUCCUACUCAGCAGGUCCCACCUUCCCAGUCCCAGCAGCAAGCCCAGACCCUUGUGGUUCAACCUAUGCUUCAGUCUUCACCGCUGUCUCUUCCACCGGACCCAACCCCCAAGCCGCCCAUCCCCAUCCAGUCCAAGCCGCCCUUAGCGCCUAUCAAACCUCCUCAGUUAGGGGCUACAAAGAUGUCAGCUACCCAGCAACCACCACCCCAUAUCCCUGUGCAAGUUGUGGGUACCCGGCAGCCAGGUACAGCCCAGGCACAGGCUUUGGGCUUGGCACAGCUUGCAGCCACUGCCCCUUCUUCCCGGGGGAUGCCAAGUUCAGUGCAGCCUGGCCAGGCCCACUUGGCCUCCUCCCCACCUUCAUCUCAGGCUCCCGGCACACUGCAGGAGUGUCCUCCUACAUUGGCUCCUGGGAUGACCCUUGCUCCUGUGCAGGGGACAGCACAUGUUGUAAAGGGUGCGGCCACCACAUCGUCACCUGUGGUUGCCCAGGUCCCCGCUGCCUUCUACAUGCAGUCUGUGCACCUACCGGGUAAGCCCCAGACACUGGCCGUGAAGCGCAAAGCUGAGUCGGAGGAGGAGAGAGACGAGGUUUCCACGUUGGGCUCAAUGCUGCCUACCAAGGCGUCUUCAGCUGCAGAGAGCCCAAAGGUCAUGGAGGAGAAGAGCAGUUUUGCGGAGAAAGCUGACCCCGGGGCCAGCAUGAAUGCCAACCCCCCCAGCAGUGAGCUCGUAGCCCUGGCCCCCACCCCGGGAGCACCACCUCCUUCGCUGGCCAUGGUGUCCAGACAAAUGGGAGACUCGAAGCCCCCGCAGGCCAUCGUGAAGCCUCAAAUUCUCACCCACAUCAUUGAGGGCUUUGUUAUCCAGGAAGGAGCAGAACCUUUUCCGGUGGGCUGUUCUCAGUUACUAAAGGAGUCUGAGAAGCCGCUACAGACCGGCCUCCCAACAGGCCUGAGUGAAAGUCAGUCAAGUGGCCCCUUAGGAGGGGACAGCCCUUCUGCUGAUUUAGAUAAGAAGGCAAACCUCCUGAAGUGCGAGUACUGUGGGAAGUACGCCCCUGCAGAACAGUUCCGAGGCUCUAAGAGGUUCUGCUCCAUGACUUGUGCCAAGAGAUACAAUGUGAGCUGCAGCCACCAGUUCCGGCUCAAGAGGAAAAAAAUGAAAGAGUUUCAAGAGGCCAACUACGCUCGAGUUCGUAGGCGUGGGCCCCGCCGCAGCUCCUCUGACAUCGCCCGAGCCAAGAUCCAGGGCAAGCGCCACCGGGGUCAAGAGGAUUCCAGCCGGGGUUCAGAUAACUCCAGUUAUGACGAGGCACUCUCCCCUACAUCUCCUGGGCCACUGUCAGUACGAGCUGGGCAUGGAGAACGUGACCUAGGGAAUACCAUUACGGCACCACCAACGCCAGAGUUACACGGCAUAAACCCUGUGUUCCUGUCCAGUAAUCCGAGCCGUUGGAGUGUAGAGGAGGUGUAUGAGUUCAUAGCUUCUCUCCAAGGCUGCCAAGAGAUCGCAGAGGAGUUCCGUUCCCAGGAGAUUGAUGGACAGGCUCUUUUAUUACUUAAAGAAGAACAUCUUAUGAGUGCCAUGAACAUCAAACUGGGCCCUGCCCUUAAGAUCUGCGCCAAGAUAAAUGUCCUCAAGGAGACCUAAGGUGGCCCUCGUGGACAACGCAGCUGCAAGUGGACACUCCCUACUGUCCAGGUCACAACCUGGAAUCAGCAGACUUUACAGGGAAGAAAGAGCUGUUCCAAUUAUGUGACCUUCUGGAGGGGGACUACUGAGCAGGAAGAAGUGUAAGAAUUGGUUGCUGGUGCUACAUGGUGGCAGCUUUGACAUUUUCUCUGGUUUUCAUUUUCUUUUUAAAAAUGUUCGCAAUUCUCACCAUAUCCACCUGCCCUAACGCCAUCUUUAUAAAGAGGCAGUCUAGACAACCAGGACGGCCCAGCCUUAUCCUGGAGUGGAGCAUCUAGCCACCGUCUCAGUUCUCCAGAAGAGGAGUGUGCUGUAUGGUAAGGCAAGGACGUGGAAUGUAGGUUUGCCUCCCAGGGGCAGAGGUUGGGUUUUUCUAGCUUGUGUGACACAAAUAGCAAAAUCUGGUACUCACCCUCUUCCCUCGGGAUUGUCCCACCGUAGCUGUGGCCCAGUUUUGUUAUCACCUAUUCCCUUAGUAUUGAGUAUUUCUCCUGUAUCCAUGGCAGGGUCACCAGCUGGUGGAAACUUGGUUGGCAUCUUUCUGAUUUGCUGCAGGGACUAAAAGCGUUUGACUGGCAUACGUGUGGUUAUUGUCAUCUUUUCUGCAUCCCCCUGCUUCCUACCAAUUUUCUGUUGUUCUCUAGCCUCUUUCUUUUCACUUCCAACCUCACUCUGCCCUAUAGCUUUAUAAACAGGUGUGUGUGGGUCCGAGGUCAGGAUUGUAAGUACCUGCCUUAGGGACUAUUCCUUAUACAACAAAAUAUUAAAUAUUUUUUUCUUCCUCAGUAAAAGGA